AUGGACGGAGAUAAACCAGCUUUUGCUAAAGAAAUUGAGAAUAAAGCAGAUGACAUUAAAGACAAACUUAAGCAUGUUGAAACUGAAGAAAAAAUCAAGUUACCAACUCAGGAAGGAUGCCAUUUUUCUGUAAUGCCGCACUCUCACACUGAUAUAGCAUCCGGAAAAUGUGUACCAUAUUAG